AUGAGCCAAAACCAAGAUUACGACCACUUCGGCCACCGCCACACGUUGGUUCCGCUCGCCCUAGACGACGGAGAACGGCUGACAUGCAAGGGCUGCGAGCUUCCAAUCGACCAUCCUUUCCACGGCUGCAUUUCCUGCGCCUACUACCUCCACGCGCCGCGCUCUCUCCAACACGCCGCCCACCCCGACCACCCCCUCACGCUCCUCCCGGCGCCGACUUACUCCGGCAAGGACUACGUCUGCGACGCCUGCCGUUCCAAGGGAACCGCCUUCAGCUACAGCUGCUGCCACUGCGGCUUCGACGUUCACCUCCACUGCGCUUCCCUGCCGGAAACCGCCACCCUGCCGGAGAAGCACCCGCACGCGCUGAAACUGGUGUUCGAUUACAAGUCCGAGGAGAACACCGUGUUCCUGUGCGACGUGUGUAAUCGGGAAGUGGAUGAAGGGGGGUGGAGAUAUUACUGUGCUGGGUGUGAUUUCGGAACCCACCUGCAUUGCUCGGGAGUGGGGUAUCUAGAGCGCGUGGGUGAUGACGGCGGCGAAACGGCGGCCGGAGUUAAUGAUCCGGUGGCGGCGAUGAGGCAGGCGACGAAGGAGAUGAUGGAGCUUCAGCUUGCGACCGCUAGGAUGCAGAAUUCGCUGAAUUUAAGUGCGGCAUAUGCAAACAUGAUGAGGCGUUGGUGA